CUAGUUAAGGCGACCUAACCCCUGGUGUAGACAGUGCUAAGAAUUCUGGCAUCGGCGUCAGCUGUGUCUACACGGCGGGCAGCUGUAGUGUUCCAGGUGUGGACGAGCCCUUCGGGGCAGCUGAUGUCUAGAUCACAGGGUAGGUGGGGUCUAGGAUGUGUGUUGUGAUUGAUUUAUUUUUUUCUGUGUUUUCCCGUUUUGUUUCCCUUUCUGCUGGCUGCCCUUUGAAUCUCUGCUUCUUGGGGAAUAAACGGAUCCUUGCUUUCUCGACAACCAAAUCUAAGUGCCGGUGGAGCGGAGCCCUGGUCCAAGGCGGAACGGGGACGGUGGGGGUGUCCUCUGCCUUUAGAGUUGGGAAUUUGAUCCCGCGCCAUGGGCGGCCGGGCCGAGCCCCUGAGCCCCCUGACCCGCUGGUACAUCUACGCCAUCCACGGGUACUUCUGCGAGGUGAUGUUCACGGCCACCUGGGCCUUCGUGGCCGAGCGGGACUGGAAGUUCCCGGGCGUCACCAGCGUCUGGGCCCUGUUCAUCUACGGCACGUCCAGCCUGGUGCUGGAGCGGAUGUACCUGCUGCUGCGGGACCGCUGCCCCCUGCUGAGCCGCUGCCUGUGUUACACCCUCUGGAUCUACCUGUGGGAGUUCGCCACCGGCUACCUCCUGCGCCGGUUCGAUGCCUGCCCCUGGGACUACAGCCAUUUCCGCUACCACCUCAUGGGGCUGGUGACGCUGGAGUACGCCCUCUUCUGGUUCCUGGGCUCCCUGGUGCUGGAGAAGCUGGUCAUCGGGAACACCCUGCGUCUGCGGCUGGAGGAGCCCAGCCCCCCGGCCGCCCACGUCGUACCCCGCAAGGACACCUGAGCGCGACGCGGGCUGGGGCCGGCCGCCCCUCCCCGGACCGUCCUGCUGCAGCUCCCGGAGCUGCCUGACGUGAGAGCCGGGGGGGCGGCCCGGCGGGGUGGGGUGAAGCUCUGAUCGUCCCGUCCUCGCUCGCUUCCCGCCCCCGAGACCCUCCCGCUGCCCGGACCACUCCUGCUGCGUGGAACCCACCUGGCAUUCUGUCCCUCCCCCAGUGCCAAUACCGGGAGAUUCCCCGAGUCCACCAGGAUGGACCCUGGGCCCAGUUCUCAGCCCCACACGCCCCCAUCCCUGUGCUUGGUGGCAGAAUGGGGCGCAGGUGGCUUUUAGCCCCCGUUGGUGCUCUUCCCCGCCCAUUCUGGGCCAGGGUCAGCUAUGUUUCUCCGCGGCUGGUCUAUGCACCGGCACCGGUCCCUGAGAUCCGCCUGCCGCAGUUUAGGAGGGCAGCAAACCGGUCCCGGGUAUCAAAAGGGUUGAGAAACACUGGGAUAGAGCAACCUUGGGGCUGCUCUGAAUGGGUCUCUGCGCUCCAGCCAGGCCCCUGAUCCCCCCAGACAUGGUGGAGGGUUGUGCUCCACACCAGGUGGGAAGAUCCUCUUUAGGGGUUGGAAAUCUCAGGGGCGGGGGGCUCUGUUCCCCCCAGGGCUGCAUAAAGGACUCUUUGCAUAAUUAAUCUUUGCCCCCCUGGGGUGGGGCAGCUGCUCUUCUCAGGUGUCGCUACUGGAAGCUGGGGGUCCCCUUUUGCUGCUAGCUUUUUCUCAUGAUCGUGGCUCUGACAGGGGCCAGAGCCGCCCCCCAACUCAGGGAUCGGCCACAGUUCUGUUCACUCAGGUGCUGGGGAUACAACAUGUCAUUAAAAAGUUCUUUUGUUUCUCUAUCAUUGCCGAGUGACCAAUCCAUGAUUAACGCGCUUCAAUCUUCUCCUUCCCCUGGCCCCCACCCUGAAAACCAAUUCCUCCGCCCCCCCCACCAUACACCAGCAUCAGGCCCCGGGACAGAGCGCACAGACAGGGUACGGAGCUCCCAAACAGGA